UCUAUGCACUCAACACAAAGAACGACGAGCAUGAGGCGGCCAUCCAGACGCUGAAGGAGGCGCACGAGGAGGAGGUGCAGCAGAUCCUGUCGGAGACGCGGGAGAAGAUCAUGCAGUACAAGAGCAAGAUCAGUGACGAGAUGGACCUGAAGAGGCGCAUCCAGUCUCUGGAGGAGUCCCUGGAGCUGCACGAGCGGAUGAAGCGGCAGGCGCUGGCUGAGUUUGAGUCGUACAGGCAACGCGUAGAGGACAUGCAGCUGUGCACAGAGGCGCAGCACACACAGCGGGUGGUAACCAUGUCCCGCGAGGUGGAGGAGAUGCGCCGAUCUUUCGAAGAGAAACUCCGUUCCUUUGGACAGGUGCAGGCCCAGUUUGAGCAGGAGAAGAGGCAAGCCCUGGAGGAGCUCCGCACCGCACACCGGCAAGAGGUCCAAGAGCUGCUUCGUUCUCAUCAGAGCCAGAAUGCCAACUACAGUAAAGACCAGGAGAAGCUCAGCCAGCUGCACAAGCAAGAGGUAGAGGCUCUGACGGAGAGGGUGGAGGAGCUGAAACAGGACAAGAAGCGUCUGGUGGAGGAGUAUGAGGCCAAGCUGAACAAGGCCCAGGCCUUCUACGAGCGUGAGCUGGAGGCCAUGAAGCGCACACAGCAGAUGACUGCGGAGAACCUUCUGGCCUGGAAGAAGACAGAGGCAGAGCUGAGGAAGGAGUUCCAAGCGCAAGAGGCAGCGCUGCAGAAGACGCUGGGCAAGCUGCGCUCUGAGCUGCAGAGGGUCCAGGAGGAGGCCAGGGAGAGCCGAGAGAAAUCCCACAAACUACAGGCUACUCUCUCCGCAGCAGAGAACAACAUCAAGGAGCUCCACAAACAGCUGGAUGAGGUGACUCAGGAUGCGGAGAUCAUAGCCAUCCGGCAGAAAGAAGCGGAGUGCGAACUGGAGGCCACCAGAGACAGAGUUCAGCAGCAGGCCACUGAGAUCCUCCUCAAAGCCAGUCAGAUCGGCAGCUUGCAGGCUACGCAGAUGACCCAUGAGGCGGCCAUCCGGGACCUGGAAUCAGAGAAGUCACGUCUGAAGGACAAGGUGUUGCGUCUGGAGGAGGAGAGAGGAGCACUGCAGAAUAAGAGCCAAGUUCUGGACGAAAGACAGAGACAGCAGAUCCUUUCACUGGAGAAGACUCUUCGAGAAGAGAAGCAGGCAUAUGAGAAGGAGCUGAUGAACCUGCGCAGCAAAUACGAGGAGGACACGGCUCACUUUAAAGAGGCGCAGAGCCGGGCACUGGAUGAGCUGUCCAAAAAGCAUCGGGCCACCCUGGAGAACAUCCAGACAAACUCGGAGAAAGAGAAGAACCGACUCCUGGUUGAGAUGGAGCAGCAGUUUGAGAAGGAGCGCAGUUCACUGGAGGAGCAGAAGAAGCAUCUGCGGGAGCAGCUGGACAGCCUGAGAGAGGAGCUCACCACCAGGCUGAACAUGGCCAACAGCGAGGUGAGCCGUCUGCAGGACCUGGUGAAAGAGGGAGAGCAGGGGCUGGGCUCUGCAAUGGGUCACAUCUCCAGCCUGAAGGAAGCCCAGGAGAAGCUUCUAGAAGAGUUAGAUGCCACCCGGGCCAGACUGAGAGAAACCACUAAUCUCCUAACAGCCCUGCAGGGAGAGAUGGAGACCCAGAAGCAGCAGCAUGAGGCAAAACUUAUAGCCACCAAAGAAGAGGAGAAGCUCAAAAUGGAUAAAAUGGCCCUGGAGCUGGAGCUGAAGUGGACUGAAACACUCAGGCAGGAGUGUAAGAAGCUGCGUGAAGAGCUGCGAGAGGAGCAUGAAGAGGACAAGAGGGCAGCACUCACUCAGCUGGCCCAGAGUAAGGAGCAGGAGCUGGGCACUGCCCGCGAGAGCUGGCAGAGGAAGGUGGAGGACCUGCUGGAGCAGAUCUCGUUGUUGAAGCAGAGUCUGGAGAUGCAGCUGUCUCAGUCUCAGCACUCUCUGCAGCAGCUGCAGGCUCAGUUCAGUCAGGAGCGGGAGCACCUGGGCCAGCAGCUGCAGGAGCUGGAGCUGGAGCACCAGCGCAGAGAGGAGCGUCUUCGGGAGGCCCACCGCUGCACCAUCCAGGACAUGCAGGAGGCCCGCCAGCAUGACCUCAAGGAGCUGGAGGAGCGUCUGCGGCAGCAGCAUCAUAUGGAACUUCAGUCUCUGAGGGAAGCACACAGGCAGAACAUUGAGACACUGAAGCAGCAGUCAGAGCAGGAGCUGCAGACACUGCGCUUUGAGCUGGAGGAUGAAGGCAAAGCCAUGCUGGCCUCUUUGCGCUCAGAGCUGAACCAUCUUCAUGCCUCAGCUAUAGAGCACCUGCGGCAGAAUCAUCAGCAGGAGACUGCGGCUGCCAAGCAGGAGCUGGAGAACGCGCUGGAGCAGAGCAGGAUACAGGAGCGGGAGCUGUUGAGUCGUAUCUCAGACCUGCAGGAGGAAGUGACCCGCAGGAAGAACCACAUUGCUGACCUGGACCAUGAGAUCCACACCCUAAACGAAAACAUCAGCACCCUCACCAAAGAGCUGGAGCUGAAGGGCAAGGAGGUCCUGAAGAUCCGCAGCGAAGCUAACCAGCAGAUCAGGGCUCAUGAGCAGGACCUGUGUAAGAAGCACGAGAGAGAGAUGACGGAGCUGAAUGCGCUGCACAACAGAGAGACCCAGAACAUGCUGUCUGACUUCAACAAGGCCCAAGAACUGCUCAAGGAUAAAAUCUCUGCCCUGCAGAUCUUGCUGGAGGCGACAGAGGAGAAGUUCAGGAACCGAGAGAGCAGGCCAGAAGACCUCCAGAUGAUCGCUGAGCUCAAGGAGAUGGUGACUGAGAGGGAGACCCUGGUCAAGAAGCUGGUGGAUGACAAAAAGUUCUACCAGCUGGAGCUCGUGAACAGAGAGACCAACUUCAACAAAGUGUUUAACGCCAGCCCCAAUGUCGGUGUGAUUAACCCCCUCAUCAAGCAAAAGCGAAAGAAUGACAAAUCGGCCAACCGAUUCAGCAGCUCACCCAAUCUAAGGGCCAAUGUGGAGGCCUCGGGGACAGGGAGCGGCCAGCCCCAGCCCAGUCGCCUCGAGCCCAUCCCCAACUCCCCCAUUCACCAGCUGGAGCUCAACACCAGCAAACCACUGCCCCCACCGACCCCUCCCACCGAGCCCAAGAAAUUCAUGAGCCCUCCUGAGACAGAGGAGUCGCCUGUAGCCUCCCCAGAUCCUCAAAGACAAGAGUGGUUCGCCCAGUACUUCACCUUCUGACUUUUAGCAACUCAAGAGCAUGUCAGCCAAACCAAAAAAAAGCAAAAGAAAAAGAAAAAAAAAGAUA